AUGCAGGCGGUAUCCGACCACUACAAGCAAGUACUGACCUACAUGAACCAUGAGAACCUUUUACCUUACCUGCUGAUGGACCUCAUACCCAUCAAUGAAAAUGGACAUUGCAUUGAGUCGAGUUACGGUUGGCACUGAGUUAGAUGUCGGCUCCCUUAAGAUUAGGGAGUUAGACUAUAUUUUAAAGGACCACUAUAGUGCCCUGAGGGUGUUCACACCCUCAGGGUCCCACUCCCACCGGGCUGAAGUUGGAGGAAGGGGGUUAAUCCCUUACCUUUUUUCCCCAGCGUCGGGCUCCCUUCCCGGCGCUGGGACUCUCCUUCUUCUGACGUCCCUGGCUGAAUGCGCAUUCAGCCAGUCUCAUAAAAAAGCAUUUCUGUUGUAAACCUAGUAGUUUCAGAGAAACUGCUAUGUUUACAUAUGGGUUAAUCCAGCCUCCAAAGCCUCUAGUGGCUGUCUCACUGACAGCUGCUAGAGGCGCUUCCUAUGGACGCUGGCAUCUUCUCACUGUGAAAAUCACUGUGAGAAGCCCGGAAGCGCCUCUAGCAGCGCCUCUAGCAGCUGUCAGUGAGACAGCCACUAGAGGCUUUGGAGGCUGGAUUAACCCUAAUAUAAACAUAGCAGUUUCUCUGAAACUGCUAGGUUUACAACAGAAAGGGUUAAACCUAGCUGGACCUGGCACCCAGACCUAUAGUGGCCCUUUAAUAACGUGACAUUUUUGUCCAGCAUUCGUGUAUUUAAUGUAUAUUGCUUCUCAUUUUCAAAGCAAAAUAUGCAAGAUGAAAGGAAUGAAGGAAAUAAUUAGAAAUAUGUUAGGACAAUACACACACACAUAUAUAAAUAUAACACAAAUGAUGAUAACUCAGGUGAAUGAAAUGAUAAGAAUGAUGAUGUUAGGGCAGCUUAGAGACACACUGACACUGUAUAUGUCAAAUUAAAUUAUUUUAACCCAUUACUGUUUAACCCAUUGGCAGCCAGUGUGAAUGGCAGCCCCUUUAUCCUGGUUACCGCUAAUUCCCACGUGUCAGCCUGCCCCAGCACACAGGGGGACCCACCGUCUGCACAGGUAAGCCGCUGGGCGCCGUAUUCCUCCGCCAAAACACACGGGAACUCCUUUUGCUGCCCUGUUCCCCGCGUUUUUGAAUCCCACCGCCUUUACAGGUAUCAAUGCGCAUGCCAAGCAGCAGCAGCAGCACUGCUUCCGGCGCGCGCGUCCUACGUCACUGACGUGCAAAGUGUGCAAGUGUACACAGACACUGCGCGCAGGUUGUACGUCACUCAGCGACUGCAGCUGUCAAUCAGGAGAACGUUCCAUAGGAGCUGCACUGCCCACACAGCCUGGACCUGGACCUCAAUCAAUACAGCUAUGGGAGCAAUGUAGGAGGCUAUUCACCAAGCAGGGAUUUAUCUUACACUGAAUGUCACCUCCACUGGAAAAUAGCCAAGCUGUGCCAAUCAGUAUUAUAUUCAAACUGUAAAAUAUAGACUAAAAUACUAACUCUACUAUGGCUGCACCCUGCUGAAAUCAGGAGUUUAAGCAUGCGUGGGAUAGGCAUAAGGCUAUCCUAACUGUAAGAUAAGGUCAGGGACUAAUGAAAGUAUUUAGAAAAUUGGGCAGACUAGAUGGGCCGAAUGGUUCUUAUCUGCCCUCACAUUCUAUGUUUCUAUGUAGGGAAUAACCUGGUCUAGAUGAGAGGGGACAUUUUGCUAAAUUUGACAUUUUAUCAUAUUUGGACUAUUGGAUAUUUUCAAGUUAAAGCAGCACUGUCGCCCCGCCACGAAAAAUAAGUAUUUAAUAUAGAUAUAGAAUUUUUAUGAAAUAUUAUUUUUCAUUGUGUUGGAACUUCACUGAAAUUCCAACCUAGUCAAGAGAUAUACAGAGACAAAGUAAGGACUCGGCACGCGCAAAAGUACAACAGAGCUGAGAGGAACCCAACGCAAUUAGAUAGAUGUGCCUGUGAGGAACUGGUUCAGUUAAGUAUAUCUCACCUUUACCAGACCCCGAACAGUGAUGGCAACGUCCCCAGAUGGUGACAGUGCCACAUUAACCACUUAAGGACACAUGACAUGUGUGACAUGUCAUGAUUCCCUUUUAUUCCAGAAGUUUGGUCCUUAAUGGGUUAAGUGAAUAAACCCUCUCAGUGAAUAACAGUGUUUCGGGUUUAUGGACUAGAAUCUAGACAGAAGAUUGUGCUGAAUUAUUAUUAUAAUUAUUAUUAAGAAAGUUGUGAAAUGUAGGGUAAUACAGCUAAUUUAGAAAGCUAACAAAAGACAAAGCUUCAGAGAAAAGUUCAGCAUCUACUCGCUUUGCAAGGUGACGCUGAACGCUUGUUUCAAAGCAUCUGUAGGGGGAGAUGCUGAUUGCUUAGGAUGGUGUUUGGACCUGCCACCUUAGCGGAGAUCUCAGAAUUGACAAUCUCAAUCAGUUCAAUGCUUUCCUAUGAGAUUUUGAUGUCAGCCGAGGAGGUGGGGCAAGCGCCAGCAGUCCCACACGGCGCUUGGAAAAAAGGCGAGUUUUAUUAUUAUUUCAGGGGGGCAAGGGACCAAACGUGUUUUUAACACUAUGGGGUCAGGAAUACAUUUGUGUUCCUGACAUUAUAGUGUUCCUUUAACUAUUAAAACAUUUUUCAACUCCUGCUUAAUCAAUAGAGGAGUACAACCUCCAGCCAGAGAAUGCAUUGCUGCCAGCCCACAGCCCUCCGCAUACAAAAUUCUGCAUAACAACAACAACUGAGUUUGCACGCCUACUGUCUUUUGCCUCACUACUGUCGGAAAAUGGAAAUGCGUCGACACUCCACUGAUAUGAAAGACCUGACGAUAGGUCUCUUCCUCAACUUUACUUCUUGGAGGACUGUGAAAAGGACAUAUGCAGAAAGAGAAGAAAUAAUGGGGAGAGUUACAGUGUAAAGGGGAGUAUUGUGAAGAAACUGGGAAGGGCACAGGAGAGGAGAAACAGGCAAAAUUGGGGAGGAUGAGAGUAGAUACGUGUGUGCAAGGUGCCAAAUCAUUUAGUGGCCAAGGGGAAAAAUAUCAGUUAUCUUGGUCCCUCCCUAAAAAGGUAAUGUAUCCCUAUACUAGUGCAUACAGUAGUUCUCAACAGCAGUUGUAGUCUGUGUGAUGCUCAGCCAGCCGAAGAGUAACAUUGUCUACAACAGCUGGAUUAUCAAUAGUUAUUUACAAUUUAUAUAACUUCUACCAGCAAGAUGCCACUGUGUGAGAUAAUAGAAUUGUUGCAGCUUAAAGAAAAAAUAAAAUCCAGUCACAUUUUCCCCCUGUAUGUAUGUCAUUUUUCAUGUUAAUGGGCAUCACGUGAGAAAAGCUACCGUAUAGUAGGAAGAUUUAAUAUGCUGCAGAUUUCUUGAUAAGGACUAAGCACCAAAAUAAUUUUAGUUUAAUCAAGUAGCUUUGGUUUAUGUAUCAUGCCCUGCAGCUUGACUGCUCAAUUCAUGGUCUUUAAAGGACCACUAUAGUGCUAGGAAAACAAACUCAUUUUCCUGGCACUAUAGUGUUAAAUAGGUACCACCCCCCCACCUCCCUCAUGGCCCCCUCCCGCCGGGCGCUAGGGGGAGGAAGGGGUUAAUCUCUUACCUUUCUUCAGCGCUGGGGACUCUCCUCCCUCUUUUGAGGAAUGCGCAUGUGCGGCAAGAGCCGCGCGCGUUCAAUCAGUCCACAGGAAAGCAUUUCUCAAUGCUUUCCUAGGGACGCAAGCGUCUUCUCACUGUGAAAAUCAGAGUAAGAAGCGCCUGUCAAUGAGACAGCCACUAGAGGCUGGAUUAACCCAAACGUAAACAUAGCAGUUUCUCUGACACUGCUAUGUUUACAGCUGCAGGGUUAACCCUAGAUGGACCUGACACCCAGAACACUUCAUUGAGCUGGAGUGGUCUGGGUGCCUAUAGUGGUCCUUUAAAGCAGUGUUUAUGUAACCCUAGCCACACCUUCACUGCCUGUGACUUACACAUUCUUCCUACACACUUCCUAGAGAAUUUUUUUUUAUUUUUUUUAUAAUCUACAUUUUUAAGCUUCCAUUAUUGCACGGUGCAUUUAAAUUAGAAUGUAUCUCCUGUUCUGUUAAUAGCCUACAACAGACUCCUGUCAGGUUUAAUUGAAACGCUCUUCUACCAACCUUCUUUCCCUCUGCUGACAUGCUGAGCUCACAUGCCAGAGCCCUCAACCCCUCUGUGCCUGUGCGUCCUAUUCAUCUGGUUACAAUUACAUGUUUGUUAGUCCACCCAGUGUACAUCGCUGUGAAAUUUGUUGGCGCUAUAUAAAUAACAGUAAUUAUCACACUGACAGGGUUAUGGACUGAAGUGAGAAUUGCCAGGGACCCAACAGUGAAUUGUAAAUUUAAGGCCAAACUAGCCAAACUGGAAAACAGAAUUGGAUAUUACUUUUGCCCUAAAAGUUGAAAAAUCAUACUUUUCUUUGUAAAUAACCCUGUGUGUGACAAUGGCCGAGUUGGGGAAGCUCUCCAGAUCAGCUCCUGUCCCCUCCAUCCUGCCAUUAGGAUUCCAGCCCAGCUCCUCUCCCCUCCAUCCUGCCAUUAGGAUUCCAGCCCAGCUCCUGUCCCCUCCAUCCUGCCAUUAAGAUUCCAGAUCAGCUCCUGUCCCCUCCAUCCUGCCAUUAGGAUUCCAGCCCAGCUCCUCUCCCCUCCAUCCUGCCAUUAGGAUUCCAGCCCAGCUCCUGUCCCCUCCAUCCUGCCAUUAAGAUUCCAGCCCAGCUCCUGCCCCCUCCAUCCUGCCAUUAGGAUUCCAGCCCAGCUCCUGCCCCCUCCAUCCUGCCAGUAGGAUUCCAGCCCAGCUCCUGCCCCUCCAUCCUGCCAUUAGGACAGCUCCUCCCCUCCAUCCAGCCCAGCCCAGCUCCUCUCCCCUCCAUCCUGCCAUUGGGAUUCUAGCCCAGUUCCUCUCCCCUCCAUCCUGCCAUUGGGAUUCCAGCCCAGCUCCUCUCCCCUCCAUCCUGCCAUUAGGAUUCCAGCCCAGCUCCUCUCCCCUCCAUCCUGCCUUUAUGAUUCCAGCCCAGCUCCUCUCCCGUCCAUCCUGCCAUUGGGAUUCCAGCCCAGCUCCUCUCCCCCCCACCCUGCCAUUAGGAUUCCAGCCCAGCUCCUCUCCCCUCCAUCCUGCUAUUGGGAUUCCAGCCCAGCUCCUCUCCCUGCAGCAGUUAAUGGCCAUAUAGUGAUCUCUGUGUAUACCUGGUGCCUGUUCCUGCCGGGCUGCCCCCUUGCUGUGUGCUGGUUGCUCUGUGGAUACAAUGUGUUCCCCGGGUUAUGACAGUAAUAACCAGAUUGAAUAAAGCAUUGUCUGCCUGCCAGGCCUAGGUCUGCCUCAGCGCCAGGCACGAACCGGCCAAUAGCCGCCGAGCUCUUACAGCGGCUGAGCAAAGCCAAUCCUGAUUGGCCCAAACUCCCUCUUGUCGCUUUCCCUCCGACUUCCGCCCCCCCAGUGCCGGCUGCCUGAGAGCGAGCGCCAGGGGCCAAUCAUAUCGCUCCAUAUUGGGAGGCGGCAGAGGAGGCCGGAGAGGAGAGACAUCAUGGUAAGCUAUCCAGCCUGCUUUCCCUCCCGGCCCCGGGGACAGGCCGGGGAGAGCCGGGGGCUGGGUACUCGGGGUUUGUCACUGGAUGUGUGGGAGGCCGGGGCUGGCUAAGGGGGAGCACAGCAGUUAGUGCACCGACGGCUCCCCUCCGUCCCCGCCGCGUUAUCCCUGUGUUGUAUUAACCAUGUGCCGAGCCAGGCGGUGUGGGAGUCCCUCCCUGUGUAACUGGCUGCUUUACUGCACCCUUUAAACAUCACAGCCUGCAGUGCAGCACCUUCCAUCUACUGCCCUACACAGCAUGGAGACGUGUGCACUGGCAAACAUGGUGGGUCUGGCAGCACUGGCAAACAUGGUGGGUCUGGCAGCCUUUUAUUAAAGGACCACUAUACGCACCCAGACCACUUCAGCUUAAUGAAGUGGUCUGGGUGCCAGGUCCAGCUAAGGUUAACCCUGCCUGAUGUAAACAUAGCAGUCUCAGAGAAACUCCUUUGUUUACAUUUGGGGUUACGCCACAGCCACUAGAGGCGCUUACGCGGUUUACACUGAGUAAAUCGCACUUAUUUGACGCUGGAAGUUCUCACAAACCUCCAGCGUCAAAAACGAUUCUCACAGGAAAGCAUUGAGUAAUGCGUUCCUAUGGGCGGGUUUGAAUGCGCACGCCUCUUGCAGGCAGCGCGGGGUGGAUUAAAGUAAGUGGCUGAAGGGAUUUUAACCCCCCUCGUCGCCGAGGGAGGGGGGACACUCCAGGAGCCUAUAGUGCAAGGAAAACGGGUUUGUUCUGAUCCCUUUAACUGUUUUAUACAAUUCUGCUAUUCCAGAAAUAUUUAGUUUUUGGUAUCAUUGUGUGGACUUGUGGUUAAUAAUCCUUGGCAUAAAUUUAUGGGGCCUGUGUCUCAUAAAAGGAACUGUUGUGUAUAUAAGCUGAUGUCUGAGAUGAUCCAACAAUGGCAAGGGACCAUUAUACUGCUGGAAGUUGGCUAAGUUAUUAUGUAAUCAAAAAGGAUACUAUAGGUACCCAAACAACUUUUGCUUAAUGACGCAGUUUGGGUGUAUAUAUCUUGUGCUUGCAUCUCACUGAGCCUGCCAGGCCAUCAUUUAUAUACCCAUACAGCUUCAUUAAACUACAAUAGUUUUAUGCCUAUAGUAUCCUUUUAAUUGUUUGGUUUCAAACCACCAGGUAACCACACUAGAACUCUGUUAUUUCCCAUCUUCAGAAUUAAAGGACCACUCUAGGCACCCAGACCACUUCAGCUUAAUGAAGUGGUCUGAGUGCCAGGUCCAGCUAGGGUUAACCCAUUUUUUCAUAAACAUAGCAGUUUCUCUGAAACUGCUAUGUUUAUGAAUGGGUUAAGCCCCCUAUUUCCAGCGGCUGUCUCAUGGACAGCCGGAGGCGCUAUGCGCUUCACCGUGAUUUCACAGUGAGCAUGCUGUAGCGCCCAUAAGCAUUAUGAAUGCUUUCCUAUGUGACGCUGAAUGCGCCGCAGCUCUUGCCGCUGCUGCGCAUUCAGCCGACGGGGCAGAUCGGAGGAGGAGAGGGAGGCAGAGAGCUCCCCGCCCAGCGCUGGAAAAAGGUAAGUUUUUACCUCUUUCCCCCUUCCAGAGCCGGGCGGGAGGGGGUCCCUGAGGGUGGGGGCACCCUCAGGGCACUAUAGUGCCAGGAAAACGAGUAUGUUUUCCUGGCACUAUAGUGGUCCUUUAACAUUUUGGGUAAAUAAUGUAGUAAGGAAAAAAAAAAGAGAGAGCAACUUUUGAAUCAAUAGCAGUAUUAGAGAUGUGUGAAUGGUAUGAUAAGAGUGUAAUUCUGCCAGACCAAUGCAUCUCGUAGAGAUGCAUUGAAUUCAUUGUUUUAAUGUGCAAAGCGUUGGUAGCAUUCAGCGUUGUCGUGUUCUGUGAGUAUGAUGUUGAAUGGCAAUGUUUUGACAUUUUCGGUGAAAAAAGGGGACAGUGAUUUUUUUUUUUUUUUUUCUAUUAAAACCGGUCCUUGAAAGUUAAGUGUGUUUUGGUGCACAAAGGGUUACCACUGCAAAACAACAAAUUACUUAAUGUUAGAAAUUAUCAAAACAGAAUAAGUUUUUGAUUUAGGCCUGUGAGUUAUUGCAUUAAAUGUUGAAAAUCCCCUGUAACUUUUCCUUUAAAUGACUUUCAACAUUCUGAUGUGCUCCUAUCCUCUUUCUUUACAAUGAAAGAUUUUAACAUUUCAUUUUUACAUUAUGCUAACCAAAUUAUUAGCAAAUCCUCCCUAACCGCUCAGUGGUUUCUUGUCUCUCAUUUCUAUGCCAGCAACAUACAGGCAAGGGCCUAGGUUGAUUGACGGCUGUCAGUGCUUGCAUGUUUCUUCUCUUGCCUGGUUUCCUGGGUAGUCUUCAAAAUAAAGUGUUCAAAAGCUUGUUGGUGCACUCUGGUCACCUUUCUCCCUGUAUCCGCACACAUAGCACAAGAAUUGAGGUAACCUGCAUGCAAGAAUGGAGGGGUAACUUUCUCUCUUGCAUGCACAACAGUUGAUGAGAAGAGUGAAAUAAGAUACCACCUGUCACAUGUUUGCUGAGCUGAUGUGCUGGACGUGAAUCCAGCACAUUGGUGUCAUGUGAGGGCCUUUGCAUUUUUUGAGAAGCAUUCUUGUACUUUCCAAGGAGGAGCGGUCUGUCAAACAUCGGGAAGUGGGCCGUGUCGUGGAGCUACUAACAAAGUAGGACCAUUAGCAGCACAGUAAAUCACGAAAAACACUAGUUGAAACCUAUACAUUGAAUACAAAACUAGAAAGUCACUUUAGAUGUUUAAAAUUAAGGUUUAGCAAUUGAUAUCACAAUCCAGUUUAGUCAUUGGAACACAUUGCAUUGAAGACAUCAUAAUGGUCUUUCUCCUCCUAGCUUUAUGCUAGUGAUUGAUAAGGAGACAAGAUGGAGGCGCUUGAUUCCAGUAUAGAGGACCAUGCAGAAGUAUGGAUCUCUAACCAUUAAGAAACACUAUAGUGUUAGGAACACAAACAUGUAUUUCUCGCCCUGUAUUGUUAAAAUCACCAUCUAGCCCUCUCACCUCCCUAAAUAUAGUAAUAUCUUACUUGUAGUCAAGUCUGCUGCCUCUGACCUGUUUGCUGACAUCAUCAGAAGUAAUCACAAUGCUUCCCUAUAGAAUUGGCUGAGACUGUCAAGGAGGCAGAGCCAGCACAAGUCAAACACAGCCCUGGCAAAUCAGCAUCUCCUCAUAGAGAUGAAUUGAAUCAGUGCAUCUCUAUGAGGAAAGUUCAGUGUCUGCAUGCAGAGGGGGAGAUACUGAAUGGCAGGAAGCACCUCUAGUAGCCAUCUGAGGAGUGGCCAGUGGAGUUAUCACGAAGCUGUAAUGUAAACACUGCAUUUUCUCUGAAAAGACAGUGUUUACUGCAAAAAAGCCUAAAGGGAAUGCUUCUACUCAACAAUACAAAUACAAUAAGCUGUAGUUGUUCUGGUGAGUAUAGUGUCCCUUUAAUUUUAUUUUUCAUACUUCACAAUAAUAUUUCUCCUAGGACAGAGCAUGACAAAUUUUGAUUUGAAUCUAGGAGCUAGCUAAAAAAAAAAGUUAGGAGCCAGGUUUUUUAAACUUACAAAGCUUCAUUUUCAAUGACAAAAAUAAAAUUCUUAGAGACACGAUGGUCACCAGGACCACUAAAGCUUAAUGUAGUGGUUCUGGUGUCUAUAGCCUGUCCCUGAAGGUAUUUCUAUGUAAACACUGACUUUUCAGAGAAAAGGCAGUGUUUACAUUGCUGCCUAGUGAUACCUCUAGUGGCAGUCAUUCACACAGCAACUAAAGUGCUUCCUAUCUCAGUGCUGUACAGUAUGCAGUGCUUACAUUCAGCGCCUCCACGCUAGAACGUUCCCCAUAGAGAUGCAUUGAUUCAGUAGCUUCUCCUAUGGAAAGCAUUGGAUUGGCAGAGAUCAUCAAGCGUGAUUAUCCCAACCAUAGAGGCGGGACCAGUACAGCAUGGGGAAAAAAGGUGCGUAUAAACUCCAUUCCCACGCGAUUGGAGGAAGUCCAGUGGGGCUCCUCUCUCUUCCUGCGUGCGAGGGAGCAGUAAUAUACCUGCAGCUCCCAACUGCUCCCUCGCGCUCUCUGUAGUGAUGCCAGGGCCAGAGUGACAUCAUAUUCUGGCUCCCAGCAUCAUUAAACAGCGCAAGGGUGCAGAGAGGAGCUGCAGGUAUAUUACUGCUCCCUCGUAUGCCGGCUGCCGACUUAAAGGGCUGACAUCCCAGGUGCCAGGGUGAAAAUUCUAGUCGCCAUUGGCUACCUGGGAUUUGUCGAGUCCUGUACUAAAGCUGUCAUGCAGAACACUGCUUUCACUGAAGUGCCAACGGAUGCGUCAGAAUUAUUGUAUGGAAUCGUGUUCAUGGAGCACCUCUAUUUUUCUGUAUUGUGUAAAUAAUGCAAUAAAAUAAAUAUACUCGCAUUUAAAGUUCCUGCAUUUGCUGCAAACCCUCAGAACUUCCAGUUGCAGCCAUUAUGUUUUAUGUUCGUUAAGUUUGCUAUGUACAGCAAAUUUGCACUUGGCCUUGGUUUUAUUUAUAUCUGACUUUAACUCCUGCAAACACUGAAAGAAGCUGGCUGAUGGCUUUAAUCAGCUUACCAAGCUCUAGUCCUAUUUCUUUGUGUGUGAAGCUAGUCCGUUCAGUGAAAUUGUGUACUUUUAUGGCAUGUUUCAGCACCACUUGUGCGGGUGAGGCGCACAUUUCCAUUGUGUGCUCGAGUGAGUUUGGAAUUUAUAAAUUAAUGGGUUUAUUCAUUAAGAAUUUAAAACAAAAUUGUAAAAUUCACAUUAAAAUAGCCAUGCUGUGCUCAUAGCCGAGUAGAGUAAUUUCCUACAUAUUUAAAGUUAAAGUGGCACUGUCAGGCUAAACUUGCCUUUCUCCAAUUGUUUCCUCUCUCAGAAUGUGUUCUUCUUUUCUUUAUUUCUCAUCGUUUUCUUUAAAAAAAUAAGAAAAAGAAGGAACUACUUUGUCUUAUGCAUUUUCCCUACGCUUGACCUUCUUUAACACAGGAAAUGAAGCUGACUUUAAUUCCUCCUUUGAUCAACGAAGGUCAACCAUAGGAAAAAUGCAUAAGACAAAGUAGUCCCUACUUUGUCUUAUGUUUUAAAGAAAACUAGGUCAGAAAUAAAGAAAAGAGUAGAUUUGUGAGAGAGGAAACAAUAGGAGAAAGGCAAGUUUGGCAUGACAGUGCCACUUUAAGUUUUUAGUGUUUAUAAGUUUAAGUCUUAUAGGGUUAUUUGCUAAAGUGAGAUUUCAACGGCAUCUCACAUUUAAAGGGACACUAUAGGCACACAGACCACUUCAGAUCAUUGACGUUGUCUGGGUAAAGUGUUGUGUCCCUGUUGCAGUUCCAGAGAAACUGCAAUGUUAACAUUGCAGCACUAAAUCUUUCUCCAGUGGCUGUCUACAAGACAUCCUAUAGAGACGCUUUCUGGAUGUUAACAGACUUUUGGUCAGACAUCCAGCAUCAGCUAUUUCCUCAUAGAAAAUAAUUGAUUCAAACCUUUCCUAUGGGUAGGCCUAAUGCGUGCGCUGUAUUCGCCACAUUUGCAUUAGCACCCACUCUUCGAGGGUUAUUGGAGGAAGUGGAGCGGCGACCCAGUGCCAAGGGACAUCAGCCCUGGGAUCAGGAAAGUGGGGGUAUGUGCGAGGCAGAAGGAUCUGUAGUACCAGCAAUAUAGCUUAACAUUAACAUUGUAUUCACUUUGAAUACUCCCUUUAGUAAAUACACCCUUCGGUGUAGUGAGACAGGGACCUCUUUGCACCAUAAUAAAUGCACAAAGCAUAGCAUUUGCCACUACCUGGAGUAUCCCAUAAAAGAAACUCUGAGAUAGUUUACCUGCCAAGACCAAUUUGUAUCUUUAUUCUCUUACUGACAUAUAAUCUAAGUUUACACCAAGUUUCAGCUUGGGAUCAAACAUUAAUACACUUCAUAUGAAUUUUUUUUUUGGUUGUUUUUGUGGUUGACUUGGUAUUCUCCAAAAUUUUAUUUACUAUAUGUGAUUUUUGUUUUAGUCAUCUGGUGAUGGUACUAAUGGACCAAGUCAGCCUGGACUUUUCCCUAACGGGCCACGGAUGAUGAGAGCACCCUUUGUAAGUAAAUGGCAAUAUUUACCUUCUAGAUGUAAAAUAAAUUAUAUGGGGUGGGGCAGAGCCUGACUGUGAGCUGAGCAGACACACUGUCUGUGAGCUCCUGGGCCCAAUUAUCGACUGAAAUCGUGGGCAAAUCGCCUAAUCUUGAACCCCCAACAUACCACAUCCUGCACCACAGAAACUGGUGAACCGGGGGAUACCUCGCAUUCCCGAAAUGCCUGGGGCCUACACAAAGCUGACCAAGGGGGAGACGGUCGCUCUCCCUGCCCAUAAACACACGCAGCAUCUGCGGUACUCGGCUACCCCCUCCCUUACGACCGGUGGGGGUUAUCCCGGUCCCAAUCGUCCCAAUUCGCAUGCCUCCGUGGACUCCAAACGUGGGCACAAGCUCCAACCAUACACUAUGCUUGCUGGCCGCUUGCCAAUCUAAAAUGGCGGACGCGCAAUCCAAUGGAGGAAAUGUGCCUCCUGAGUACAGCCUCAGUACAAACGAGCCACUGAUCACCCGGUUGAACGAGCUGUUUGAUACCUUCUGUGCACGGAUUGAGGCCCGACACGCUGCUACACAGACACAGCUGCAGGAGAGCUGAGGGACGACAGAGCGGCGGCCAGAGUGGGACUGGGUCACCCUCGGGUGAAACCUUGAAGAAGCAGUCCGCAACUCUCCACACUAGCCCAUCUGGGCCAAAGGCCACCAGGGGAACGACCUCGGCGCAGGUGGCGCAACAACACCAUGGCUUCCAGACUUGUCCCAACAGGGAAGGACCAGGUAUUCAUAAACCCCCGUGUCUGAUGCCGGCCUUGCUACUGGCCCUGAGCUGGAGGGUACAACCUGUUUGCUCCUGGCUGUCCCCCAACUUCUGUAAAUACCCAAGGCCGCCAGCACAGACACGCAUGGACGCUGACUCCGGAUGUCCUGAUGCCUCAUGCUUAUGCAGAUCUCAUGUUAUUUUAUGUUUCUUCUUUUUACUUUCACGCAGAUGUGUACCGACAUAGAGUUUGACCUUUAUAACCCACUGCUCAUGAUACUACUUAACCCAGCCACCUUAUGCCCUAAACCAGUGUUUCCCAACCCAAUCCUCAAGGCAAACCUACCAGGCCAGGAUUUAGGGAUUACAGGGUGUGUCUAAAGUGUUUUUACAAAGAAGAAAAAAAAACACCUUAGACACAACUGGGUAAUCCCUAAAUCCUGGACUGGUAGGUGUGCCUUGAGGACUGGGUUGGGAAACACUGCCCUAGACCAUGAUGUCUCUGUAACUGCUACCACCCAGACGGCUGUCUUACACAGCAUGAGCCACCCAGGGUUAACUCGGCUAUAAAUAGCAUUUUGUGGGACCGAGACAUCUAACCCGCAACCUGUCACUUGCGCUAUGUAUAGUCAUUUAGCGAUUACACCCGACCCCACCUUAACCACUGCUUGAUAAACCACCCUUAUCCCUUCAGGCAUAUCGAGUAUGCAUGUCUAUACUGUGUCCAAGGAGAUAUGAUCAAUGCUCUUUAUAUAUGUUUUACGCUUUGUACCCAUCCUGUCAGACUAGUCAGCCUGUUUUUAUAUAGCUAUCAGUCAGCUACUGACUUAUCGGUUGCAUAGCCUGGUUGUAGAUCAGACUGUUUAACUCCUAACAUCACACGUAGCCUGUCUUCUAGCCAUACCACACACAAUUCACAUAGCCUGUAUAUCUGCUAGUUAGACCAGACUAGAACCCACAUAAAUGUUAACUCUUGUUCAUAUUACUAUAAAAUUGUGCUUAAAUAAUCUACUACCCUAAUUGAACUGCAAAAUGUCGAACCUGUGGAUUACCUUUUGGGGUACCUCAGGUCUGUAUGCAUCAACUUCAUGCACAGCAAAAAUACAAAAUAAAAAAAAAUGAUUAGCACAAUAUAGUGUUUUCAUGAUUCAUAAUUGCUCAUUUUCAUUUUUGGCAAUAGAUUGUGUUAACCGCUAGAAAACUAUUACGGGUUUGCCCUCAGAGCUAGAACUCUUUGUUCUCACACAGUAAACUAGAAGGUUUACUUUCUGCUUUACCUUGAAGUACCAGUUGGUCUUAUUCUGAACAUUUCUACAUUUAAUGCACUUUUACCUGCUGGUUUUCUUCAGAUGAAUCCCGUGCCCCAUUUUCCAGGUAUGCCACUGGGGGCUCUUGGUCCACGAGCAGGAGUGGGACCUCAUGGACUUAUUCCACCCUUAAUGGGACCUCUUGGUGGACAUCAGAUGGGACAGGUAAAUACAGGUUUUGCACCUUUUGUUCUUUUAAUAUGGCUUUUGAUUUCAUACAAGUUUAAUCCUACAAUUGUCCACUAUAGUUUAUUCUAGAAAUGUUUUUGACAUUCCUUACAGAUGCCUUCACUAAUCCCUCCUCUCAUGUCGGGAAUGAUGAUGGCCACUCAUGUUGCACCUGGACCUUUGCCAACAGUCUUACCGGUUAGUAUUUGGUUUUUAUGACCAGGCAUAGCCACCAGCUCACCUAUUGCUCUGCUACAAUUUUAUUGAUCCCAGCUUUGUUUGCCAACUGCUAGAUGCAAAAGGUGCACAAUUCUUCUUCUGGGGCAUAUAAUUAUAUUGCAUUGUGCUUUUUUUCCCCUCAGCCUGGUGUAAAUAGCAUGGAUCCUCCCCAACUUCGUAAGUAUUGGUCUCUUAUUUAUUAUUUCUUGUGAUGUUUGACUUUUCAUUACCUUAGUGCUGGCUCUCCAUCUUUGUUAAUCUUAGCCUUGGAAUCUUUCGCUUAUGUUGCUUAGCAUAGGUUUGGACAAUUACAUUAGCCCAUUAAGUGCCAAACAGUGCAUCCCUGGUGCAGAAAGGAUAAAGAGUUUUGUUAAUGUUGUUUCAAGUAUUACCAGUGCAAGCACACCAUUUAUUUGUGUUUUAAUUAGUUAUUGGAAUGUUUAUAUUUCCUCCCUAUGAAACAUUCUGUCUUAUAUGAUUUUGAUAGCACAAGUGAAAUGUUUCUUUCGUUAUAUGGUCAACAAUAUCAAAGUGUUGCUCAAAAUUAUUGAAGUACUGUGUGGUAACUUUCUAUUUUGUAAAAUCUAUAACAUUCCAGUAUGUCCAAAUUACAUUUAACUAAAUUCAAAUGAUCGGCUUAUUUAAAAUUGAAGCCAUGUUUCUUUUACCUUGUGUUUACUAGUCUUGUCUUUUUUUCCUCUUUAGCACAAACAGCAGUUACGCAGGUUAGUAAUGAACGUGGAAACAAAUAUGUCUAUAAUUUAUUUCAAAUGCUAUGGUAAAGUUGCAGUUUACUCCAGGAUGACUGUUAAUCUAAAAUGGACAGAUCGAUGUUCACAUGUUAAUGGAUGAUGCCAACUUAGGCUGCUUGAAACGCAUUCUUUUUUUGUACAUUGACUUUAAAGGGUUAAUCCAAGCAUCAUGACCAUUUAGGUGAACACCUACAGUCUGUUUGGUCUACCAAGCACUGAGCAUACUGAAUUUAACAUCUUUGCUGCUGGAGAUUUAACUCCAUCUCUAGCUGUGCCAUUGGGAUGGGCUGGCUAAUAUAUUUUGUGCACUUUUUAUUCACAUAAUGCCAUUCAUUGGCUGACAGUGCCCAUCCUCUGCAGCUCUGCUGAAGCCAGAUGUUGUUCAGCCUGAUUCAGAGCAGAACUGGUGCUUGUUGGGACUUAUGUAAGGGGACAAAUGUUGCCAAUUAGUUUCACCAAUUAGAAACUGGGUCAUGGUAGUGCUGGCUUCCGAACCACUACGGCGUGCUAUAGUACUUAUGAUGCAUAUAGUAAACCUUUAAUUUAGAACAAAAAGGAUAUUGUGCAGCAUUUUCUAUUAAAAUAACUACAAAGAAUAAUUCAGCAGUUUGCUCUUUUGUGGGAUUCAUUUGAUUGAUGAAUUAUGGGUAAAUGUCCUUAGCAGCUUAAAAGGAGCCUUGAUUACGCUUCAACCAUUGCUAAUACAAAAAUUGUGUGUUUAAAUAAAUUACUGUGCCAAUCAACAUCUGGAUAGUUUCAGGUUAGUAACCCUGCACUAAACUUGUUACCUUUUUUUUGUAUUUAACAAUGUUGUGGGUUUUUUUUGUUUUUUUUUCUUUAGCCCCCACACCCUAUAAUUCCAGAGCAAGCCAUUACAACAAGUAGUUCCACUAAUGAUGAGCAAAGUAAAGCGGUAAGUAAUAUUUAAACUUUUUCUUUUUUUUCCUUUUUUUAUUUUAAUUUUUUAAAUUUUUUUUCAUUUUGAUUUGGUUUCCUUGCCUAUUAAAAACCAUUGCUUGACUUGACAGAAGUCUUUGUGGACUGAACAUAAAUCUCCUGAUGGAAGAAUAUAUUAUUAUAAUAUUGAAACAAAACAGUCUACGUGGGAGAAACCAGAUGACUUGAAAUCCCCUGUCGAGGUAAGAAACAUUCCAUUGCAUUUAUUAUAGUAAACGCUCAGCUAUGAAGGGGUCAGUCUGUAAGCAUUCAUGAAAGAUGGCCAUCCAUGUUUUUGUGAAUCGAUGGCCAACAAUAAUAUCAACUUUAGGCUGUUUCAUUAGUACAAAUAAAAAACAUGAGCUGGAGAGAUUUUUAAUAUGUGUGUGUGAAUUUCAAACAAUUUUUGCACAGUGAGUCCCUUAUGGUCUGCCAUUUUUAAUAUGAAAGGGAUCCUGAUAUGACGGGCUCACUUUAACAUAAAUCUCCCCCAAAUGCAUUUAAUGCAUCAUUUGGUGUAGAGAUGAUGUAUUCAGUUAAGAUAUAAACUCACCUGGUGUCAUUUGGUCUGCCAAUGCCCACCUGCUGUCUUGAUUUGUUCUCCUUGCAGACAAUCAGACCUCCAUGUCCGAGACAAGCGGUCUUCUGAAUAGAGUGACAUCAGUCCCUCCAUUCCAUAUGAGCCCUAGUAGUGUCAACUAGUGCGUAUUAAAAGCAACCAAAGAGCAUCCACUGUGGUUGCUAAGCUUGGAGUUCAGGAGAGCUGUCUGUAGUAGCUCGCCCUGUCUCAAUUUUUCUACCCAAGUGUCUAUGCCAAAGGAUUGAUUAACCGAUGGGAGAUCAAUUUUUAAAUGGGUAUUUUCUCCUAGUCUAUAAAUUUGCUUCCAAUUCUACUAGCACAAUGUAUAGAUGAAAUAUUAUGCUCUAUAAGACAAGUAUAACGUAUUUCUACCAUGACAUGUACACUUUCAUUGACAAUAAACUUAAAGGGACAUUGUAGGCACCCAGACCACUUCAGCUCAUUGAAGUGGUCUGGGUGCUGUGUUCCUUUUGCACCUAGUGCUGCAAUGUUAAACAUUGCAGUUCCAGAGAACUACAAUGUUUACAUUGCAACUCUGUCUGCCCUCAGUGGCUGUCUACCCUACAGCCACUGGAGGGCUUCCGAAAUCGUAGCAGACUUUUGGUCAUUUAUCGGACGUUGGCCAUCCUCACUCUCUCCAUGAGGACCUCCAGCAUCAGAUUUUUUUUCCCCAUAGGAAAGCAUUGAUUCAAUGCUUGUCACAGGAAGGAGGAGGGAACGGAGCUUCAACCCAGGGCCAAUGUUUUUAACCCUUUAUUUACCUUGUAGGAUGGGGCACAAGGGAGGGGGGGAGGCAGAGAGGGAUCCCUUUAAAGCUUGUUUCCUAUAAAUCCUUAUACAACCAGUUUUAAUACAUAAGUGUGUGUGUGUGUGUAUAUAUAUAUUAUAUCAAUAAUAAGGAUGCACUCUCCGGUCUUUUUUAAAUAUUCCAAGUAGUAUUUAUUCCGUCACAUAUUAUGACAAAUUGAUCAACGUUUCGACCCGUUCGGGUCUUCCUCAGGAUCAAGUGUAUAUUACAAAACAGGGUUUAUAUAGGAUAAGUGUAAAUUGUACUCACCAAUAGUGACUGUAUCCCGCCUAUCCCCGUCCGAAACCCGGAAGUGUCUGACGAACAUCACGUGAUCCACGUGAUGACGUAAGUGCGUACAUAGUUGCUAGGAAACCGGCAUCAACA